AUGGGGCCCAAGAAGAAGCAGCGUCUCUCCGACGGCACGCGCGCAUCCACAAAGCCCGUCUCAACCUCCUCCACCCGCAGCCGCACGCGCUCCACCUCGGCCGCACCCGCCGCCUCCACCACCACGCCGCCCGCAUCAAAGAAGGGAAAAGGAAAGGGCAAGCAAACACAGACCGGCAAGUCCCCAGUCAAACGAGAGCAAGAUGCACUCGCACGUCUAUCGCCCGUAUGGGAGGCCGACUCGGCGCCAAAGAUGACAUGCUGGGUCGAGAUUCCGCCCCUGCACCCCCGCCCGACCGAGGACGAGCUCCUGUUCGUACGGCCACGCACGAUCACAGAGUUGAACGCCAAGGGAAAGCAGCGCGAAGGGGCCCUGCUACAUGAUCUCGAUCGUUCUGCUGGCAAAGUCGAUCCGUUCCAUUUCACCGAAGAGGACUUGCGAGACGAGUCCGACGGCCGACAGCUCUUUGCCUUCCAGCCCAAGCCGCCCAAACCACGCAAGACCGCGUCCACACCCCGGCCCACACAGCCACCACACGAUGGACUGGAGGACCUCUUCCUCGGCAGCCAUGCAGGCCCCUCGACCGCAUCCGCACAACCGGACCAGACUCGACCACUCUUCUUCCACGGCGAAUCGGACGACGAAGACGCGCGGCGCAACGGCCCCCCCUCCCGCACAAAACCACCGGUCUCACAACCCAAGGUCAAAGCGGAACCCGCCGCCAACGGACGGCAACCCAACGGACUUUCCAAGCCCUCCAAGUCUGACAAGAGCCGGUCGCAGUCGGCUGGCGCGCAACCGCCCGCGUCGAGUCGAGAAAAGAAGCGCAGCCGGUCGGUCGAGCGUGUGCGCGACGAGGGUGCGGGCAAGAAACGCGGCGAUGACAUCAAGAAUCUGCACUCCGAGCUCAACGAAGACGCAUUUGCGCGCUCCACCGGCCCACGCCACAAGGAGGAGUACCGCACCAAGCUCGCCGCGCUCUCCCAGGCGCGCAAGAAAGCCAAGCUCGAGCGCGGCGAGAGUCUGAGCGCAUCCGAAUCCGAUCAAGCUGCAUCGAAAUCACGCCCAAACGGUCGGGCCACGUCCGUUUCCAGUGGCUCAGAUAGCGGUUCGGGCAGCGGCACGAGCAGCGGCGAUUCGAGCGACUCUUCGUCGAGCGGCGACUUUAUCGUAGGCGACGACCAGAUCGAGUACGACGAAGGCUUCGAUCCGAAAGAUGCUGAGCCUGCACGGCCUCUCCCCUCUGCGGCAGCUGCGGCAGCGAACCUGCCCAAAGCCGGCAGCAAGUAUAAGCGGGACAGCGAUGGACGCAUCCGACUCAUGCCCAUCCACUCACACGCCGCCAUGUCGGGCUCGUCGUCCUCCGUGCUGGCCGCGCACGGGCUCGGGCUCGGCGCACGCAAGGGGCUGGAUGAGCUGUGCCUCGACUGGCUCGAGUGGGCCGUCGCGCGUGUGCUCGUCACCUGGUCCUCCCUCAGCCCCGCGGACCGCGAACGCCUCGAGCGCAACCGUGCGGCGCUCAAAUCGCGCACGCGCUCCACCGAAGAGAGCGUCGGCAGCGUAGCCAUGCGGCGCCAGUUCAAAUGGUACCUCAUCAACUACCCCAAAAUGCACGUCGAAGCUCUCUUCACCGACGAGAUCGACCGCUUCGGCAGCCUCGCCAAGCAGGGCUGUGGCAUCUGCCACCGCCGCUCGCAAAAGCCCCAAGCCCGCGUCACAUUCUCGGGCUCUCGAUACAACCAGCAAACCCUCGCCCCCCUCUCCACCCAAGACGAUUCUUCGACCGAGUCGUCGGAGUCGGAGGCGAGUGAUCGAAGCGACGAUGACGAGACGUGGCGCGAGCCGGGGACGGACGCAAAAGGUCGUUCGGGGCACGUAUUCUACGCGGGCAACCACUGCGCGCACCGUGCGGCGGUGCUGCAUGCACUGCACCACUGGGAGUGGACGGCAAUGCAAACCCUCGCGCGCCACGAGAGCAUCCGCUACAUCCGCCGCCAGCUCUGGCGCAAGAGCCGCAACGGUCGCGGCAAAGACGGCGCCCCCGGCGCAGGCGCAUACGAAGUCGCCUUCUGCAUCACCGAAAUGAUCAGCCCCACCGGCCGAUGCACCUGGAAAUCCAAACCCGACACCCGCGCCACCUCGGAGCUCGACAGACUCCGCCGCAGGUUGAAGAGCCUCACCGACUAG